CAAAAAUUAAUUAAGAAAAAUAUUUAAGAUAUUCUCAGAGAACAGUUUUAAAAGGCAAUAGAGCUGAAGAGAUUCCAGAAAAAAUAUUAUUUAAAUGAUUUAAUACAUUUAUUUGUCUUUUUUGUGGAGAUUUCUGAAUCAUAUAGAAUGUAUUUGCUUUAAUAAUUGCAAGUUUUUAAAGAAAGUCAUUUGUCAUUAAAAGAAGCUUAAUAAUUUUAUUCUGUUUACCAUAUUUUCUUAAAAAGAAGGGCAACAAUUAGAAAAAUGUUAGGUACUUAAAACCCAUUUGACCAUUCUUAUUUAGAAAUGAUUACCUUUGAAGACAAUAUUGAGAAGACAGAAAAUUUGCUUGUAUAAACUUUAAACGAAAAGCUAGAAAUAUUAGAAAUUAUGAAAAAAAAAGAGGUUCACGCAAAAGAGCUAGUUAUUAAAAUAGGAAAUAUGCUUAAAAACAAAAAACAAAUAAAAAAAUAUUUAACUUCAUUAUAUUAAAUAAAUGAUAAAAAUGCUCACCUUUUAAAUCUGAUUUAUCUUUAUUUAGAAUGCUUGGCAUUUUCUUCAUCAGAAAUAAACCUCAAGAGGAUAAAUAGGGAACAAUAAAAUGAGCAACUGAAGAAGAAAAAUCGAAAUGUAAGUAGUGAUACAUAAAGUAUUUCUAUUAAUUUGAAUAGAUUUGAUAAUUAAAAUUGUGUUGUUUUCGCAUAGUACAUUGAUCCUAUGAAUUUAGUUAUUAAAAAUGUGUCAUCAAAUUUCAAAGAUAUUUUUAAUUUGAAUAAUAAUCAAGAGAUAAUAGGCAACAAUAUUCAAAAAUUAAUACCGAAAGUAUUCUAAUAAAAUCAUUGUGAGUAUAUAGAGAGCUUCCACAAAAUAGCUUAUAGAGAUAUUAAAAAUAUCAGUUAUAUCUAAAUAGAAAAAAUUAAUUAAAUUAAUCCAGAUGAUUAAGCAUGUGCAUUGUUUAAUAAGCUUAAAAACCCCUAAAUGUAACAAAUUUACGAGCUUUUUUUCACUGACGCUUCUGAAUUAAAAAAAAUAAUUUAAAACCUUGAAAUUGUUGUAACAAAUUAAAAAACUUAUUUGAAUAAAUAAUUUUCUUCUUUAAAAGCAACAAAUGUUUCAAGUUAGAUUUAUCAACCUAAAAUAGUUACAGCUUAAUAAAUUUCUGAAAAAUCUUUAAAAAAUGAUACAUCGCUUUAUGAAAAGAAUGAAAACAUAUUACUUAAUGAUCGUAAUAAUAAACUAUACUCAGAAUAAAAUCAAAACGAGUGCCAGAGUACAAAAGAUAAAAAUGAAAAUAUUAAUAAUCAAUUACUAGAAAGUAUUUUUUAAGACAAAACAAAUUAAAAUCUAACUGAAAAUAGUUGCAAUAAAAUUUAAUAAAAUGAAUUUAUAUUAUCUAAUUAAUCACCAAGCAUAGCAAAUAAUCUUUAUCCUCAAAGUAGAUUAGAAAUGAAAUAAAAUUAAGCUUAAAUCACAGCUUAAACAUAAAUGCCUUUAAAGAACACUUUCAUAAAUAAUGCUACUUAAUUUAAUAAUUCGAUAAGCUCCUAUUCUUAAAUAAAGAAUCAAAGUAUUUAGAGUUUUAUAGAAACCAACGAAGAAAAUGUAUUUAAUAAAAAUGUUAACUAAGAUCAAAAACCUAAAUUUUAAACUUAAAAUUAUUAACCUUAGUCUUUUAGCAGUGCUUUAAAACUUUUCCAAAAUAGCAUCAUUAAUUAUAGCAAAAAUUAAAUUAGCAUCUAAGAUUAAGAACUUAACUACUAUAGCUUUCCUACUAGUAGAUAGGAUUUUACAAUAAAGAAUUAUGAUAUACCCACUUAAAUUUAUGAAAAAGAAUCUGAAAGAUUCAAUGAAUCUUUAACUUUUCCUCAAAAAAAUGUUUCAAUUUUAGAAGAACAUAAAAAAUAUAAUUAAAAAUUAUAACAUGAUUAAGAAUCUACAAAUUCGUAAUAGUCAGCUUAUUUAUCUUCAAAAAAAUAAAUUUUAAAAUAAAUGAGUGAUUAAUCUACUCUAAAAUCAAUAAAAGUUAUCUAUUUUAUAGGCAUUUUGUGCUCUGUUACAAUUAUUUUAAUGACUUGGAUAUAAUAUAUAAUACUUAAGUAAAAAAUUUAGGAUUCCCAUUUAGACUACUAAGUAUUUGUUUGGCCUAUAACAUAUAUCUCUAAGUUAAGUUAGCUACUUAAAUAUCAAAACACAAUUUAUCUUGUUUAGUAUUGCCAAGAUUUACAAUUCAGCAGUAACUUGUAAAAAUAGCAAUUCUAAUAAGAAUCACAAAAUAAUUUGAACCAAGUUUAUAAGUCUUUAAUUUAAAUGGCUGGGUAUAUGGACAGAGCUAACUCAGAUAGAAAAGUCUUUUAAUUGCUAUAGUAAAAUUAAAUAAACAUGAAAAUUGCUCAAUAUUAUAACACUAGUUUGUUAAGUAACACCUCUUCAAUACCAUCUUUACCAAUGUAUACCUAAUAUUUAACUACUCUGCAGCAUGGAAUGAUUUUAUAGUUUUAAAGCAUAUUUCGCAUAGUGAAUAAUUAAGGUAACGGUAGAUCCAUAUAUUACCUAAUAGCUAACUAGCUCUAAGAAAUUAAUUUACUUUAAAAUGUUUAAAACUAAAUGCUUAAAUACUAAUAAAAUUAGCAAUAAUAGAUCGAAGAUGAAUUGUCUAUUUAAAUGAUUGUGAUUAUUCAUUUAAAAGCAAAGAGAUAAUAUUUUAAAGCUUAUUUCUACUUUUUCAGUUUAGAAAAUUGA